GUCUGUCAGUUAUGAUUGAACUGUCGACUUGAAGGUUCGUAGGUCCUGUAGGCUACUAGAGUUCUGAGAAACUUUAUUAUCUUGGAAAAUGGUGUUCAUUGAAAAGUUAAGACUUGUUCUUGCAAACUUACUGAAGACGCGUUGCACCGGGAGAUCUCGAAGGUUCAGUGACGAGAAUUGUGUUUUGGAAUCCGUGAGUGACAGUGAAAAGGAGGUUUUACGAAUAGCUAACAGACAGCAGGGUAUUAGACUGAGGAGGACGAAGUCAACGACUCGCGCCGAACACAUAACCGAAGUCGAACGAAAACUUCGACAGUCACAACCCGACAGACCGAUCCACCAGCCCAGGGACUCUCUCCUGUCCUGGAACUCUGGCUUUGAUGAGUACGAAGGAUUCGUCAACUGGGGCGCUCUCAUUCUGGUGCUCGGAGGCCUAAGGCUCUUUCUCGAAAACGUCAUCAAAUAUGGCGUCCGUAUCAACCCCGUGUCUUGGCUGCAGUGGAUCAAAGAUGAACACGGGGAAGAAGGCUACUAUUUCCAAACGCCACUGUUUCUCCUGAGUUCGAAUAUACACGUGUUGUUCGUUUACAAAAUGGAGCAACUAUUAGCUAAGGACAAAAUUCCAGGAGAACUGGGCGUCUACAUCCACGGAGCGCAUUUAGCUACUCUUCUAAGCAUACCUGUGGUGAUAUUAGGCCUAUGGACCAAUCUAUUCAGCUUACUGGGCCGUACAAUUAUCUGCAUAGUGUACACCGUUCUGUUCCUGAAGCUGUGGUCUUACGUACAGGUCAAUCAUUGGUGUCGAUCUAAUCGAUCCUUCAAGAAGAAGUUUGUUCGCACAAGAAGUUUUUCUCUUAAAAAACACCAAGACAUUGAUGCUGCAGAGGAUGAAACUGACAGCGUUGUUUUACCUCACCUGACGAAUUACCCGGAUAACUUGACACUUCAUGAUCUUUACUACUUCUUAAUCGCGCCAACGCUCUGCUAUGAACUCAACUUCCCGAGGAGCCAGAGAAUUCGAAAAAGGUUCUUGUUGCGUAGGAUACUUGAGGUGAUGAUAAUAAGCAAUAUUCUGAUGGCCAUGUUCCAACAAUGGAUUAUUCCAAGCGUCAAGAACUCCUUUCAAGCAUUUUCAGAUAUGGACUACAUGCGCUGCACUGAACGUCUUUUAAAAUUAGCGAUCCCCAAUCAUAUUUUGUGGCUCUCAUGGUUCUACCUAUGCUUUCAUUCAUUUUUGAAUACCUUAGCAGAACUACUGAAAUUUGCUGAUAGAAACUUUUACCAAGACUGGUGGAAUGCCAAGGAUGUCGGAACAUUUUGGAGAUUAUGGAACUUACCAGUGCAUAAAUGGGCUGUAAGGCAUGUAUUUGUGCCCAUGAUAAAGAAUAAAUACAAAAAAUCCUCAGCUUCAUUUGUAGUGUUCAUCCUGUCAGCUGCUCUCCAUGAGUAUUUGGUGUCUAUUCCACUUCAUAUGUAUAAAAUAGGAGUCUUCCUAGGGAUGAUGGUACAGGUACCUUUAGUUUACAUCUCGACUAAAGUUGCGAAUCACUUGGGACCUCGUUGGGGUAACUUAAUUGUAUGGGCAUCACUCAUCUUGGGUCAACCAAUGGGAAUCAUGGUGUAUUAUCAUGACUAUGUUGUUAAGACUAUUGAUCCUAAUAUGCUAGGAAUUUAGAAAGUUGUCUCAAAUCAAAACAAAUUUUAGGAGCAUAGAUGGGCCAUUCUGUAGCCAUAUUUUAAGUGUUUAUUUUAAGGUAACAGAUAACAAGAUUUAAAUUACUGUAGUACUAUUUUUUUUGUAUCAAGAGAAUAUUUGCUUGCUAACUAGUCACUUUAUUCCAUGACUUGAAUACUGAAUGCCAAAAACAUAUAUCACAUGUAUGUAUAUAUACAGAUGCAUGAUGUAUAUUAUAUUAGUACAUAUAGUAUAAUUUACAUACGUAACCAUACCAUUUAUAAAUGCACAUACAUUUAAUGUUCUAUUUUUCAGUGGAUGCAAUACUUGUAAUUACAGUAUUUCUAAGCCACUUGUAUAAGUGUGUGUGUGUGUACAUAGGGCAUUAUUGUCAAUAUAAACUUUCACUUUACUUUGUAUCUUAAUAUUAAUGUACAGUUGCAAUAUUAAAUAGCUGAUUAGUGCCAAGACAAUACAAAUCAAAUUAAUCCUAAUUCCAACAUUAGUCUCUGACUCUGUGAUAUUUUUGGGUUUAUGGCUGUGUUAUUAUUGACUGCUAUCAGAAUAUAGUCAGAAGUUAUGUCUCUUUCAAGCAUACCAAAAUUUGAUUUUACUGUAUUUACCAUAAAAACAGAGAGAAAGAGAGAGUGAGUUAAGUUACAUUUACUGGAUUAGUAAACUAUCUACUCUAUCAGGCACUGAAGUUGUCACUAUCAAAAAACACUAAACUUUCAUGCAUAGGGAAUGGAACCUAGGUGUAGGACAAAACAGGUGGUUCUCAACACACCACUUGAACAUUCUAGAUGUUUGGAUUUGUAUCAUUAAGAAGUUUAAUUGUUUUCAAACACUACUGGUAACUGAUCACUCUCCCACUUUUCCUCUUAUAAACAGACACUAUUGAAACAAUUUCCUGUAAAAUACUGUACAGAAUUUAUACUCAAAUGUAUAUUGUUGUGUUUUACUGAUAUCUGGUGAAUGAAUAUUUUUGUAAAUAUUACAACUAAAUAUUGAGGACCUGCUUUAAAUAAUUUAAAGUAGCGUACAGCGUAGCAAAUGCAUAUUUGAAUAAACCGUGACCAACAUAUUUUAUCAUAUUAACAACAAUAAAAUAUUUUUAACAGUUUUCUUGCAUAUAUUUUAUAAAAUUUGUGAUUUCAUCUACCACUUGAAACUGUCAGUGCCAUAAUGCUGUUGCUCUUCAAUCACAUUGAUUGGAUUUAUAAUUGUAAUUUGUGAUUCAGCAUGGGUUUUUUUGUAAUUGGUCCAAGUGUGAAAUAAAUUGCUCAAAUCUCCAAA